UAUAUAUAUAUAUAUGUUAUAUAUUAUAAGACGGAGGUCGUGAUGAAGCUGCUGCUCCUCCUCCUGUUCCUCCAGGUGCCCGGAUGUGCGGACAGCAGGUGCUUCUGUCAGGUCUCAGGAGAUCUGGACGACUGCACUUGUGACGUGGAAACCAUCGACGGCUUCAACAACCACAAACUCUUCCCCAAACUUCAAACUCUUCUGGAGUCAGACUACUUUAGGUUCUACAAGGUGAACCUGAACAAGGUGUGUCCGUUCUGGAGGGUCGGAGGUGACUGUGGUCUGAAGGACUGUGCUGUGAAGCCCUGCUCUCCUAACCAGGUUCCAGAGGGGAUCAGAUCCUCCUCCCAAGACCAGGGUUCUGCAGAAGUGAAGGACUGCGAGCAGCCAGAGAGUCUGGGAGCUGUGGAUGUUUCCUUAAGUGAGGAGACUAGAGAGGCUCUGCUCAACUGGAGCAAACACGACGACGAGGCGGAGCGCUUCUGCGUGGUCGACGACGAGGCGUCUCCGGACUCGCAGCAUGUCGACCUGCUGCUGAACCCGGAGCGCUUCACGGGCUACAGAGGACCAGAGGCCUGGCAGGUCUGGAACAGCAUCUACGAGGAGAACUGCUUCAAACCGUUCACCAUCAAGCGACCGGUCGUUCCCAACUCGUUCCACAGCAGCUCAGGAAGUGAAGCAAAGCUCUUCUACAGCUGGCUGGAAGGUCAGUGUGUAGAGAAGAGAGCUUUCUACCGGCUCAUCUCUGGCCUCCAUGCGAGCAUCAACAUACACCUGAGCGCCAGGUACCUGCUGGAUGACAGCUGGUUUCAGAGGAAGUGGGGUCACAACGCGUCGGAGUUCAGACAGCGCUUCGAUUCGGAGCUGACGGCCGGCGAGGGGCCCAAGAGGCUCCGCAACCUCUACUUCCUGUUCCUGAUCGAGCUGCGAGCGCUGGCCAAAGCUCUGCCCUUCUUCCAGCGGCCGUCGUUCCGGCUGUUCACCGGCAGACCAGAGGAGGACCGGAGACACAAAGAGCUGCUGCUGCACAUCCUACAGCUGGCCCGAUCUUUCCCUCUGCACUUUGAUGAGACGUCUCUGUUUGCUGGAGAUGAAAAGGAAGCAGCCAAGCUGAAGGUCAGCAACUAUUUUAACCUCUGUAGAAAUAAAGUUUACAGGUUCAAACUUACUGAUGACUUCAUACACUCUCUAAAUAAUAUAAUCCAGGCAGAGCAAGCCUUUAAAUGUCUACUUUGGUCUCGUCACCAGACUCAGGGAUUAGGAACAUCACUGAAGAUUCUGUUUUCAGAGCGACAGAUUGAAGCUCUGCCCUCGUCCGGCGACCAGAGGCCCAGCUUCCAGCUCAGCCGACAGGAGAUCGUCUCGCUGCUCAACGCCUUCGGGAGGAUUUCCACGAGCAUCAGAGAGCUGAAGAACUUCAGAUCGCUGUUAGCAGAGGAGCGGUGACGACGUGGAGGUCUUCAGAGUUUAACGUGAAGAAAGAUCUCCUUUAAGUAGCUGAGCAGCAGAAAUCAGCUGCUGUACUUCAAUCAGACGACAGUGUUUCUGUGAUGCCGCUGGUGUCCUGAAGAUGGCGCCGUUUGUAAACUAAACUGAUUCUCUAAUUGUUUGGGAAAUUAAACGUGGAGUGUUUUGAGACAAGAAA